AUGUUUAGAGCUCCUUGGAUCUGUCGACGAUGUUUAGAUACAUACCUUAAGCCUGGUAGACGACGACUUCUACGAUUCUCUAGCACCAGCACCAGUCACCAUGGCUCCUUUUCACCUGCAUUGCUCGCGCGAGCCCGUAAUAUGGCAUCCGAACACGAUAAAUUGAGCAAGGAAACAUCCGAGAAUUUUGAUGCGAAGGUCUCGAAACGAAUUGGGGAGUUGAAAGGAGUUGCAACGGCCCUGAAAGAAUGGGAGGAUGCACAAAACUCACUAUCCGAGCUGGAAGCACUCCUCAAAGAUCCGUCGACCGAUGAGGAGCUCCGUGAGCUAGCUGUUGAAGAUCUAGCGAGUACUCGUUCUGAAUUGGAAGCACUCACUCGAAAACUGACUACGUCACUUACUCCGAAGCAUCCUUUUGAAGAUUUCCCAUGCCUGGUUGAAAUUCGACCCGGCGCUGGAGGAGGAGAGGCAGCUCUCUUCGCGGGGGAUCUGCUCCGGAUGUACAGAGCGUAUUGCUCGCGAAAGAACUUCCGCACCUCUUUUUUGAAAUACGAAACCGCGGACGGAGAUUCCUCUGAUAGUACCGCCCCUCUACAAGAAGCAAUUCUCGAGAUUGAAGGCCGAGGGGCAUAUGGGGAGCUGCGAAGUGAGGCCGGUGUUCACAGAGUCCAACGAGUCCCAGCGACGGAAAGCAAAGGUCGAACACAUACGAGUGCUGUAAGUGUGCUGGUACUUCCCAGCUUGCCCGCAAACGGUAGUGAGGGGUUAGAACUAGGGGAGGUAGAUGUGAACGAUCCAACAAGUGAUUACUACGUCAAUCCCACAGAAGUGCGGACAGAUGUCAUGAGAGCGAGGGGUGCAGGGGGACAACAUGUUAAUACUACGGAUUCCGCGAUUCGAUUGACUCAUCUUCCAACGAACACUGUUGUCAGCAUGCAGGAUUCGAGGUCCCAGCAUAAGAACAGAGAAAAGGCAUGGCAGUUACUGAGGUCAAAGUUGGCACAAGCCAGAAGAGAGGCAAGAGAAGAAGAGAUCGUGGCAAUGAGGAGAAACGUUAUUGGAGUUGCCAAGAUGGGAAGAGGAGACAAGGUCCGGACAUACAAUUGGGGCCAACAGAGAGUCACAGAUCACCGAAGCGGUCUGAGCGUGCACAAUCUUGAUGAUGUGAUGGAGGGUGGACCUGAGCUGGAAAAGAUCAUUGAGAGUGUCAAGACUUGGCUUGGAGAUCAAGAAAUCGCUGGACUGCUGGCGGACGAGGAAGCUGCCAGCAAAUCGAAAUAG